UCCUCCAAGUCGUUCAAGCUGUACUCCCCCAAGGAGCCCCCCAACGGUAGCACUUUCCCUCCUUUCCAUCCCGGCACCAUGCUGGACAGAGACGUGGGUCCAACCCCAAUGUAUCCUCCCACAUACCUGGAGCCAGGCAUAGGGAGGCACACACCAUAUGGCAACCAGACAGACUACAGAAUAUUUGAACUAAACAAACGGCUACAAAACUGGACAGAGGAGUGCGAUAACCUAUGGUGGGAUGCGUUCACCACAGAGUUUUUUGAAGAUGAUGCCAUGUUGACCAUCACUUUCUGUCUGGAAGAUGGGCCUAAGCGUUACACAAUUGGUCGGACGUUGAUUCCAAGGUACUUUCGGAGUAUAUUCGAAGGCGGUGCCACGGAGCUCUACUAUGUGCUGAAACACCCUAAAGAGUCAUUUCACAACAACUUUGUCUCGCUUGACUGUGAUCAGUGCACGAUGGUCUCCCAGAAUGGAAAGCCAAUGUUCACACAGGUGUGUGUUGAGGGCCGCUUGUACUUGGAGUUCAUGUUUGACGACAUGAUGAGGAUAAAAACGUGGCACUUUAGCAUUCGGCAACACCGUGAGCUCAUCCCUCGCAGCAUACUUGCCAUGCAUGCCCAGGACCCACAGAUGCUGGACCAGUUGUCCAAAAAUAUUACAAGAUGUGGCCUGUCAAACUCUACUCUAAACUACCUCCGACUUUGUGUGAUCCUGGAACCCAUGCAGGAACUGAUGUCCAGACACAAGACAUACAGCCUCAGCCCCAGAGACUGCCUCAAGACUUGCCUCUUCCAGAAAUGGCAGCGAAUGGUGGCACCUCCGGCUGAGCCAUCAAGACAGGCCCCAAACAAACGACGGAAGCGCAAGAUGUCGGGAGGCAGCACCAUCAGCGGAGGAGGAACUAAUAACAACAACAAUAACAAGAAGAAGAGUCCUGGCAGUGGCUUCCCUCUCUCCAGCCAGGUUCCAGAUGUCAUGGUGGUGGGAGAGCCCACGCUGAUGGGAGGGGAGUUUGGCGACGAGGACGAGCGUUUGAUCACGCGAUUGGAGAACACCCAGUUUGAUGCAGCCAAUGGAAUUGACGACGAGGACAGCUUCAACAAUUCCCCAGCUCUGGGGUCCAACUCACCCUGGAAUAACAAGGCACCCUCCAGUCAGGAGAGCAAGAGCGAUAACCCCACCUCACAGGCAUCGCAAUAG